GGAGGCAUCGCCGACAGUACAAAAAAGAUUUCCCCUCGGAUUCACUCUCACUUUCAGCAGCUUGUGUUACGCAAACAGCAUCUCCUCCCUGCAACUCACUUCAGGAAAGCAUCGUUCAAACCGAGAUGGCAGUCAUGAUAAGGAACGAGGUUUUCUCCUGUUUUGUUUUCUACGGUGUCCUGCUGGUGAUAAAAAUGUACAUUAUAGCGAUAAUAACGGGACAAGUGAGGCUCCGUAAAAAGGCUUUUGCCAACCCUGAGGACGCGCUGAGACACGGAGGUUUACAGUAUCACAGAGAGGAUCCAUAUGUGGAAAGAUGCCGGAGAGCUCACACUAACGACAUGGAGAACAUCUUCCCCUUCCUCUUCCUUGGUGCCAUCUACUCCCUGACUGGACCUUCGCUGGCUGUGGCCCGCCUCCACUUCCUCGUCUUCUUCCUCGGCCGCAUGCUGCACACCGUCGCUUACUUGUCGGCCCUUCGAGCGCCCACCCGCUCUCUGGCCUACACCGUGGCGCAGAUACCGUGCGUCUCCAUGGCUGUGCAGAUUCUCAUGGCAGUUGCGGCGUACGCCUAAAUAUCCAGAGAUGAGGGACUGAAGUCUUCUGGCUCGUAAAGGUGUCGGUUACAAUUUGCAACCUGUGUCAGAAAAAAAGCAGGAGGAAGAUAGUGAGAAGCCUCCAGGGAGGGAGAGCGUGAGAGACGAGAAUGUCAGUGGGAGUGCAAUAUAUUGCCAAGGUGUGCGAUUACAACACCGCUGGGUGUUGUGAGAAUUUGUCAGUAUUUUCUGUUGUUUUAUUUACAAAUGUGACGAUGUUUUAAAAGUUAAUUGAAGUUGCCAAUUUGUACUGUACUUGUACUGGUGUAUUUAAAAUGCAAAUGAAGGUUGGACUUAGAAACUCACUGACUGACAGUUGUAGACAUUUGCCUCAAGCCACGGGAACAUUUUUCAGCACUGCACUGUACAGUAUGUUGAUGCCUGCCCCCUUUUUGUGUUUACACACAACACAGACUACCAUUCAUGUGGUGUUGUAUCCACUGUGGUUUCCUGUGUGGAUACUCCAUCUGUUGUGUUAACAUUUUUUUGCAUGCUACCUUCAACAAAAGCAUAAAGUGGAUCCUGGCAUGAUGACUAAUUAUGUGUUAUAAGAUUUUAAUACCGCUCCAGUGGAAUAUUUAUAUAUUUUUACUGUGAGAGUCAAAACUGUCUCUCAAGUUCCUAAGGAAGAAGAAAGAGGUUUUGGACUGAGAAAUGAAUCUUUACAACAACUUGCAGGGAAAGAAAGAACAUAAAAAGCAGUGGAGUAGGUGUUCUGAUGUCUAGUAUUUAAUUUUAUCUGUGAAAACACAUUUCAAAACCGUUUUUAAAGUAUUGCAAUAAUAAUUUAUUCUUCAGUUUAUUGUACAUAGUGAUGUUUUUGAUUCACUGGAUACACUUUUUGUAGCCAAUAAAACAAACCACAACCAAA